GUCAGUAAGUAUGCUUUGUCGUAAACUCUCCAGCAAUGGCUGCCUGGAGACAACAAAAACACGCUGAUCGUUUUCUGUGAUCACUUUUACUGGAUUAACGAUCAUUAAAUUUUGAAAAGGAAAUGUCGUCCUCAGUAGAGAAGCUGGUGUCAGCCGUGUUAGAUGAGUUCAUGAUGAAUGCGGCGACUGAAAUCUGUCAGAGACUCAAACAGCCCCAGGGAGACCCACAGACCGAGGUCAGUCAAGAAACACCCUGAUUCAUCCACAUUUAUCUAUACAAUUAAAGAAUCGGUAAAAAAACAAAAACAAACAAAACAAAAAACAUGCUAAUUUAUACAAAUUUAUCCAUAGGAUUAAAGGGCCAGCAAACAACACUGAUUUAUACUCAUUUAUCCAUAAAAUUUGUUUAUUUAUACACAUUUAUCUAUGAAAUUAAAGAGUCCGUCCAGAAUCACCCUGAUACAUUCACAUUUAUCGACGAGAUUAAAAAGUCAGGGAAAGAAAAGUACUGAUACACAUUUAUCUAUGAAAUUAAGGGUCUGUCAAAAAACACUGAUUUAUUUACAUAAUUCUAUAGAAUUAAAGUGUCUGUCCUAAAACACCUGUUUAUUCACAAUCGUCUAUAUUGGUCAGUCCAGAAGUACUCUGAUUUAUACACAUUUAUCUAUGAAAUUAAAAGGAAAUAUUGUAGAAAACUCAGGGUUUUUUUUCUCUAUUUUAUUUAUAGUCAGUGCAUUAGUCCACAAAUGGGAUCAAAAUAUUCUAUUAACUUUGAAGAGCUGCGCCCAUCAUGUCCUACCAUUUUUGUCUCUGUUUUUUUUUUUUUCUUUUUUUUUUCUAAGUGGGCUUAUAUUUUCAAAGUUAAACUGUGCUGCCUUAAAGGUGAACGUAAACAGUCGAAAAUGUUAAAUAAGUAAAUAAGUCAUUAGUUUGAAAGGUUUAGAAAUUUAGUGCUUUGUUUUACUUAUCAGAGUGACAGUUCAGCUCAUUGGGCCUCAGAAAUCGCGUCAGAGUGAGCGCUCUGUUCGUUGUGUGGAGCUUUGUAGGUCUCCUCCGUGCUGCAGUUGAUACCACACAGACAAAACAAGUGGCUGUUCACAUUUUGCUGCUGUGUAUUCAUUUUCCAAAAACGCUUCUGGCUUAGAGAAUAUUUGUCUGUGAGUAAUGUAUAAAUAAUGUUGUUACUUUAAGGCGGUUUUCCGUACGUUAUGUGUACUAUUCUAUGUUUUAUUUCUGUAAUGAUUCAAUUUUACAAAUUCAAGAAACUCAAGGAAAAUACAUAAACAAUACAGUCAGAUGAUUUUUUUCUUCCAAAAUACCAUCCUGUCAAUCACCCUGCAUUGUUACACCAGCAUUAGUAUCAAUAAACUACCAAUAAACAAAAUAAUCAAAGAAGAGAAUGUAGACUAAAAUUAUGGUUAUAUAAGUCAGCUAUGAUAAAGACAAAAAGACAAAUACAUAUGUAAGUGCACAUGCAGAAGUUUACCAAUUCAGAAUUUUAAAAAAGAGAAGGAAAAAAAAACAGGAGGUUGUGGGUGGGUGGCUGGGGAUUUUUGCACUUUACUUAGGGGUCCAUCUUUUUCACCUGGUUUAGGACUGGCUGCCAAAUGGUGUUAAAGCCAUCAGCAUAGCUAUUCCUUUCAUGCUGGGGUUUCUGGGCCUAAAAGAUGCCUGAGCUCUAAAAUUGGAGAAAAUGUCUCUGAGAUUGUAGACUGAGAUCCAGUGGUACUCAUACACUGUAAAAAAUAUUGCUAUUAUUGCUGAAUGUUCCAUGGACAACAGUACCCACAUGAUCCUAAUAUAAUAUAAGGAAUUCAAGUACAGUGUCGGAACUCAGACUCCACUGAUUAUUGAUCUGUAACUGUAUCUGCUUCUUGUAUUUCAGAUAGCUGAUGAAAUAAGUUAGAAGUUCACUUUGAAUAUACUGAAUUUCAACUAAAUCUGUUAGUCAGACUGACAGAUAAUCAGUAUUGGUCCUGAAAAAUAAACGUCAGUUGACCACUAACAGAUACCCAGAAAUCUCUCUGUUUUGGACAGAGCCAAUAUUUGACACAGCAGCUGUUUCACUGCGAUCACAGUCAGGACCAUUAUUUGCUGUAAAUACAUUUACUUUCAAGCUGUUUCCACAUUCGCUUUACUCAAGCAAGAUUGUAUCUGAAUUAGUUGAAGGAUCAAAAGGCAGAACUUCUUGCUGGUAGAGGUAGACGAUUAAUCAGUCAAUCAAUCCGGCUGAUUCAUGUAAAUUCUCUGUGCUCAGCAUUGGCCCUUAUGAAGCAGCUUUUACCAUCAUCUAUUCACAUGAAAAAUGCAUUUUCCCAUCUACAAUGACAGCACGUUGAAUCUAAAACAGACUCAGGCCAGUGUUGGAUUAAAAAUUUGUAGGAACAUGCAGUUUAAAAAUCAAGAUAAUAAUAUUACCUUUUUCUUUUUCUUGAUUAUGUCAGAUAGCCGGACAGAAAUCCUGCGAUCCAGCUACCAAGCCAAAUAUUUUUCCAUCUACACUGAUCAAUAAAAUAUUCACUUAAGUUCAGCAAGUUUGUUUCUCAUUUGUUUGUAUCAUUAUGUCGUUAUAAUUUGUCAAACACGCAAAAAAGGAAAAAUACAUUAUGAUAUCAUCAUAUGUCGACCAUUGGCCGGCCUGCUCUCAAAACUAGUGUCAUCCCUGGCCGCUGAAAACUGUCAUGGUAUGAUCUCGACUUGUUGGCAUUGUAUCGCUGUGUAACGUCAUGUUGUCUUUUUAUAUUCAGCAUGCAUACAUUCAGAUCAGCUGAUCUGAAAUCAACAACUCAGGGGGUCAGUGAACUCAGAGCUGAUCCAGCCUCCUUAGUCUCUAUACAGGUUCAUCAGCAAUACUAAGUUCAAAGGUCACACAGUCUACAGCUGUCUGUGCGGACAUAGCAUCUUUAAGAAUGAGACCAACAUGAGGUGUCAUAGACAUGAUGCAUGUCUGUGUUUGGUGCAGGAGCAGCUGCGGGCCUUGAUGAGGAGUCUCUGUGGGGCUCUGCUGGAGGAGCUGAGGAGGCUGCUGGAGAAGAACGAGGAGCUGAAGGGCAGACAGCAGCAGGAGGACAGUAAGGACUAAGAUAACUCACUGUGCUCUCAUCAUUAGGGGUCUUAGUCUCACUCUGCUCAUAGUCAUCAUGUCUGUCUCUACAGAACAGCCUCUGCAGGACCUCCACCACCCUGCAGCUGAGGGGGACACUCAGGUUGAGACAAGCCGGCAAUCAGGUGAAACCCCCCAACCUAUGAGUGGCAGACAGACCUUCAGCUGUGGCGUCUGCAGCAGUACCUUCUCCAGACGCUCCAACCUGAGUGCUCACCUGCGUGUCCACAGCAGAGAGCGGCCCUUCACCUGUCCCACCUGUGGGAAAGGUUUCUCCGCCCGGAGCAGCAUCAGAGUUCACCAGCUCACUGUGCACAACAAGCAGCGGCCUCACAAGUGUCCUCGCUGCAGGAAGGUAUUUGGCACCCGCAGCCACCUCAGGGCACACCAGAUGUCCAGCUGGGGGCGCCGUGGUGUGCCGUUCAAGUGUCUGAUGUGUGGAAAGGUGCUGGCAGCGAGGUGCUGUCUCCCCCAGCACAGACUCAGCUGUCAGAAAACUCAGGAGGGGCUCAGGUGUGCAGAGUGUGGGAAGCAGUUUACCAAACACAGCUACCUGUCGGCACACCUCAGAGUCCACCAAAAGGACAAACCCUUUCAAUGUCCUACCUGUAAGAAAGGAUUCACUGCUCAGCGCAGCGUCCACGUCCACCAGCUCACUGUGCACAGAGGACUGAGGCCGUUCACCUGCAGCAUCUGUAGGAGGACCUUCAGCCAGCAGAGUGGCCUCAGAGCUCAUCUGAGGACCCACACAGGUGAGCGACCUUACACCUGCGAGCAGUGUGGGAACAGAUUCUCCAGCAGGAGCAGCCUGUCGGUCCACCGCCGUGUCCACACUGGAGAGAAGGCCUUCAGCUGCGAAACCUGUGGGAAGAGCUUCAGUGUGUCUGCUAACCUGCAGCGCCAUCAGCUGGUCCACUCAGGCUGCCGGGCAUUCAGCUGUGAGGUAUGCGGGCGCAGUUUCACUCAGGCCAGCCACCUGAAGGUGCAUCGCUUGGUUCACAGCGGUGAGUGGGCGUUUAUCUGCAAGGCUUGUGGGAAGGGCUUCAGACAGCGCAGUGCUCUGUUGGUCCACGAGCAGAGCCACACAGGAAUCAAACCACAUAGCUGUGGUGAGUGUGGGAAGAACUUCUCCUCCUCCACCUCAUUGAAACGCCACCAGCUAGCCCACAGCGGGCAUAGAGCUCACACCUGUGAGGAGUGUGGGAAGAGCUUCACCAGCGCCCACAUCCUCAGGACUCACCUGCAGUUGCACAGUGGAAACAAAGCAUUCACCUGCGACGUGUGCGGGCGCCACUACAGCUCUCUGAGUUACUUGAAGACACACCGACGCAGCCACUCAGAGGGGAAGCCGUUCAGCUGUGGUCAGUGUCAGAAAACCUUCUCCACACAGGCCAGUAUGAAGCUGCACGAGCGCACACAUAGUGGGGAGAAACCGUUCAUCUGCGAGAUCUGCGGGAAGAGCUUUAGCGUGUCACAAAACCUUGUCCGGCAUAAACGUGUCCAUAGUGGAGAGAAGCCUUUUGAGUGCAGCAUCUGUGAGAAGAGGUUCAGUCAGAACAACAACCUGAAGGCUCACCAGCUGGUUCACACCGGACAGAAACCCUUCAGCUGCCCUGCCUGCAGCAGGAGCUUCUCCUCCAUGAGGAGCCUCAGAGAGCAUAAGUGUGCCACCACUGCAGUAUGAGCUCCACACGCAGAGAUGGGACUCGGAAACACGAGACAGACAAAUUUGUGGAGCCCUGCAGACACCGACGAAGGUCUGAUGACCUGCUCAGCUCAGGGAGUGUUUGGGGAUCUGAUAUAGAGUCAAGAACGGUCUGUUUUUUGUGACUUUAUUGCAGAAUAAGAAGUUAGAAUCAAACAUGUUACAAAUAUAUGUUUAUAUUCUCAGAAAUUUAGUGAUCAAACUGACCUAAAGCUGUCGCUGUUUGAAAGUGAGCUCACUCUGAAAGUCCUAGAGAGAAAGUCAGAAUUAUGAUGUGAUUAUGUUGUUUUAGUCAGUGCAGGAACCUUCAUGAGUCUUUAAGGACUUUUCUGUGAGCUGACAGAUUAAUGAGACAUAUCUGCAGAUUGUCUUUUGGCUUGUUGAGUCAAAAGGAUUUUGUUAAAUGGUGUUAUUUUAGGUUUUAUUAUUAUCACAACCUCACACAGUCAGAGAGGCUGUGUGGUUUAUAUAAGUUUCAAUAAAUUAAAGCUUAAACAUUGGCUUGGUUUCAUUCAGGAAUGAAUAAAACAUUUACUGCUGUGAAGAAAAAGUGUGCAUGUCCUGGUUUCAUGUUCUCUACAUUCACAUGUGAAUAAAAUGAUCCACUCUGAGGUUUAUACUGCCUAUUAUUUCUGACUCACAGACAGACCAUGACAGUAAUUUGAGUGGAAAGUCCUAAAUAGAUUAACACAUUUAAAUCCAUCCAAAUACACACUUAACUCUAAAUACUGCUGAUCUCCAGGUACACAGGGUCUUGGUAAUACACACUUGUUGUCUCCUGUUGUACAACAUUACAUUUUUGGAAGUGGGACAUUUUUGGAAAAUAUCUGAACUUUUCAGGCUUUUCCCUUUGCUAAACUGUAUUUUUAAACUUUCUAAUUUAUAUUUUACAAUAAAUAAGUUAUCUGUCUUUCCAA